UGCCCAUAAUGUUCAAGACAUUUAGAAAACACACAACCUUUAUUUAGUAAAACCCAACACACUCGCCCGUCUCCGAUGAACACCCAUUGAUAUCCGACAUUGCCGGUGUAAUCUUGCUAUUUAGGUUUUCUCAUUACAGUGAUUCAGCUUUUGCCUGAAAUUGAUCUUCGACAUCGGAAGAAGUUCAGAUGAGUUCAGAAAAACAAUCACGAAGAGCAUUGUCAUGCGUCCCUUACUUCGAUGCACUCUGGUUCUGCUACUCUCCAGUCCAUCAGAUGCAGCAGUACUAUAGACUUGGUGCCCUUGAUAAUUGUAGUCAGAAAUGGAAUGGUCUUAUUGAUUGUCUGACUUUAAAAACCAAAAGGUCUUCUGAAGUAGAGAAAAUUUUGGAAGCACGCGAGAAAGCGAAGCCUCACCUUUGGUCAACACGAACCCCAGAAGAAGCCGCGGCUCAUUGGAGAGAACUCUUUGGCCAUCUAGAUGAAGAGUAAAAUUCUAAGACCUUUUCAUCAGACAUUUCAACAAUGAGGAUUUUUACUAUACUAUGUCCUUGUUUAGACUCGAAACGAUACAACAAUGGAAGAUCCUAAGAAGAGUCCGGAAUUUGAAUGACGGGCGGAAAAAAAAAUAGACCAAAAUAAAGGCCAAAAAAAGGUAGCCAAAUCACCUAUAGCGCAUGAAAUUCAUGCGCUAUGUAUGAAUUGACCGGCGUCUAAAGUUAAAGUCCGUCAGCCAGCUGAUUUUUUUUUAAUAUUAUAAGUAGAUAAUUCAGAAAAUUCAUGUGUUAUGCAUCAAUCUCAUUUGCAUAGCCUAUUUUAUUUUUGCUAGCUAUAAACCCUUUAACUAGCAUGGUUUCACUCUUUACGAGGAGCGUAUAUAUUUAGUGUAAUCACACAAAAUGAGAUUUGAGGAGGAUGACGUAUAUACAACCCUACUCCUACCUUUAAUAGAUUGUUUGCGAUAAAUCUCA